AUCGUGCACAAGUUGCGCGCAUCGUCAUCGGUGUCACGUUGUAAAAUGGACGGUAGAGUUGAAAGUUCUGUAGAGAACACCGACUCUCAGAGCGAAAAUGCGCAUGCAACUGCGAGGAAAAGAUUCCGGAGAGAAGAAAGCAAGAGCAGUAGUGACUCUGACACUGAUUACACACCAUAUGUACCCCUCAAGGAAAGAAGGAAGCAACAGCUUGGUAGACUGGGCCGUCUGCAUGCCAUAUUGCUGGAGGAAAAACGUGACAAAUCCAGCACUGCUACCGAUGAGGAUGACGACCAGCGGGACGAGUACGGCCGUAAAUCCAACAUCAGUCUGCUUGACCAACACACAGAGCUCAAAAAGAAAGCUGAAGCUCGUAAAGAGAGUGCACUGGAGAAACAACUCAAGGAAGAAGAGAAAAUCUUGGAGAGUGUAGCUGAACGAAGAGCACUCAUGGGUGUGGCUGAGUUGGCCAAAGGCAUCCAGUAUGACCAGCCAAUCCAAACAGGGUGGCGCCCCCCUGCCUACCUGGUCAAUACAACUCUUGAGCAGCAGGAGAAAGUGCGCCAGAAAUAUCGAAUUCUGGUUGAAGGUGAGGGGAUCCCUGCACCAAUUACAACAUUCAAGGAAAUGAAGUUUCCUCGAACAAUUCUGAGCAGCUUACGCCACAAAGGCAUUACAAAACCCACACCUAUCCAAAUGCAGGGUGUGCCGGCUGUGCUUUCUGGACGGGACAUGAUUGGAAUUGCCUUUACUGGCUCUGGCAAGACCUUGGUAUUUGUGCUACCCCUCCUGAUGUUCUGUCUGGAACAGGAAAAGCGGCUUCCCUUUAUUCAGAAUGAAGGACCGUACGGCCUCAUAGUGUGUCCUUCGCGAGAGUUGGCCAAGCAGACCUUUGAAAUUGUGAGCUUCUUUGUGCGUGACUUGGAGGGUGCUGGCUACCCCAGCCUUCGAGGCUGCCUCUGCAUUGGAGGCACUUCCGUGAGGGAACAGCUGGAAGUGGUGCGAAGGGGUGUGCACGUGAUGGUAGCAACGCCUGGCCGGCUCAUGGACAUGCUGGACAAGAAGAUGGUGAACCUGGACAUGUGUCGCUACCUGUGCCUUGAUGAGGCUGAUCGCAUGAUUGACAUGGGCUUUGAGGAGGAUGUCCGCACCAUCUUCUCUUUCUUUAAGGGCCAAAGGCAGACCUUACUUUUCUCAGCCACCAUGCCAAAGAAGAUCCAAAACUUUGCUCGCAGUGCUUUGGUGAAGCCCAUCACAGUAAAUGUGGGGCGCGCAGGAGCAGCCAGUUUGGAUGUGGUCCAGGAGGUUGAAUACGUUAAGCAGGAGGCCAAGAUUGUGCACUUGCUUGAAACACUCCAGAAGACGGCACCACCAGUUCUUAUUUUUGCAGAAAAGAAACAAGAUGUGGAUGCCAUUCAUGAGUACCUGCUUCUCAAAGGUGUGGAGGCAGUGGCCAUCCAUGGUGGCAAAGAUCAGGAAGAGCGGUCACGAGCAGUAGAUGCAUUUCGGCGGGGUGAGAAAGAUGUUUUAGUUGCAACAGAUGUAGCAUCAAAGGGCCUUGACUUCGAGAACAUACAGCAUGUCAUAAAUUAUGACAUGCCAGAAGAUAUUGAGAACUAUGUGCACCGCAUUGGCCGUACUGGACGUUCUGGUCGAGUGGGAAUCGCAACAACCUUCAUCAACAAGUCUUGUGAUGAAUCUGUGCUUUUAGACAUGAAACAUUUGUUGCUAGAAGCCAAGCAAAAGGUUCCACCGUUCCUUCUGGCCCUGCAGUCUGAGAAUGAGAAAUAUCUGGAACUUGGAGAGGAACGUGGUUGCUCCUACUGUGGGGGUCUUGGACACCGCAUCACCGACUGUCCCAAACUGGAAGCUAUGCAGAGCAAACAGGCAUCCAACAUUGGCCGCAGAGAUUACCUGGCCAAUAACAGUGCCGAUUGGUGAAGCAGCCAUUGGUCACACUUCAGUGAAGCUUGUGGAUUUCGACAUGUAUUGUGGGGGCACAGAUCUCAGCUGCCCUUUUUAAUGCGGAAAAGGUGCUGUUCACAUAAUAAAGAAUUCAUGGUGCA